CGCGCCGGCGUCCGUCUCCGUCUCCCAUGGCAACCGAGUGCACCGCACUAACUCGCGUGGUUCGUGGUGAAGAGAGGAUGAGGGAUGGAUUCUGUUCCAGAGGCAGAGAUGGCGCAGAUCGCAAGGCUCCAGAGAGGAGCUGGCGUGCAGCAGCUCAGCCAUCACUUCUCAUGGCCGGAGUUCUGCGACGAGCGGCAGAGCUUCCAUCAGGACUUUGUGUAUGACGUCGCCAUGUUUGCCGCCGCCCACGGCUUCCCCUGGCCCAAUGUCGUCCAGGCCGCUGAGAUCGCCAAAGGCCUCUUCCCACAGCUGGAUGGUCAGAUGAGCAAACAGCCGUGCACUGAACGCUGUACUGUACAGAUCAUGAUUGAUUUGAAUCAUCCUCUCUCCACCAGGUCUCGACGUGCCCAGACUCUUGUCCCUGCUGAGAGACGCGCUGUCCGAGCGGUUGCCCCACCUGACCCCUGUGCACCGACACACGUUCACCCAGUUCCUCGCAGACACCUGCCUCGGGCGGCGGAGGCUUCUCCAGGCGGUGGUGGGCGGAGCUGCAAACAUGUCCGUCGCCCGGCUCCACCGGCAGGUGCAGCUGCCGCCCACACCUCCACCUCUGGCUCAGGCCCAAGAACCUGCAGAACUCAUGACGUUCUCGUCAGCUUCCUGCAGUUGGAGGCCUCACCGGACUCUCGUGUUGAUCCUGAUCCCGGCUCUGUUGUUGUGCUGCAGGGCAUCGAGCCGCACGAGUGGGAGCGAGCCCGACUCACCUCGACCUUACAGCAGAAGGAGGAGGAGCUGAGGAGCCUCCGCCACGGGUCAAGGGUCACCCUGGGGGACAUUCCCGACGACGUGCCCCUGGACGAAGAGGGUGUUCUGGAGCUGGUCCGUGCAGCCGUGAGGGCGACUGAAGGCCAGAUGCUGCAGAGUCUGAACCGAGAGGCGUCGCUGCUCAGCGACAUCCUGCAGCUCCGGCUGCAGCUCCGGCUGCAGCUGCAGCAGGCGGCUCUGGCCGCCGGGGGGCGCCACAAUCCUGUUGCUUCCACUACAAGUCUCCAUCCAGAGAGUACGACAGCAGCAAAGGCAAAGAAACAACCUGCAAAAAGUAGAAGGGGUCUGAAGUAGUCUGGAAAUACAGAGUGAGGAGAAGAGCUCAGUGGGAAAGAACACAUGAUCACGAGAUGUUCUUAUUUAAAAGACAAUAAUGUUACUAGAGGAGUCAUCAAGGAUUUAUUUAAAACCUUCUGAUUCUGUUGCGUUGACAGGAAAAGCUGCAAUGAAUAACUUAUAACAUCAACAUUAAAAAAACAAUAUUCACUCAAAUGAGAGAACAUAGAUUCAACAUUCAUAAAUAUUUAGCACCAAAGCCGCCGCAGCUUGGAAAACAGGAAGUGACAGUUAAAAUAAUUUAAAUGUAAAUGAAGUUACGAAAAUCAUUAAAAGCACCAAAUGCAAAGGUCAAGUUAGUGGCCGGGGCCUUCGGUGUUUCAUGGUUACAGUUCAUGUAUUUUUUUAAGGAUGGCUCAUGCGCCCCCCGGAGGCGACAGACACACAGUGCCACACAGAAGGAUGGGAAAAUCAUCUGCACACAAACAUGCAGAACAUUGAGAGUGAGAGAAGCGACAGCAUCAUCUUUAGUUUCACAAGGAAGGUGGAUGGACGGACGAAAACAGAUGAGGAGGAGACACUUGAUUUAGGAAUAUGGAAUGUUUUUUGCCUCUAAUCUUGAGUUUCAGAUGUGUUUGCUUUUAAAUUGUUUGUAUUUUUCUGUUGUGGUUAAAUUACAAAAGCUCUUCCAUCCUCGAAGUCCCGUCAGAUAAAGCUGUUUUUUUUGGACACGGAGGCUCAGUGGGCUCGAGCCAGCUGGUUGCCCGUGGUGACGUGAGCGAGCACGGCCUGCACCAGCUCCGCCAGGUCGUACUCGUGCUUCCAGCCCCAAUCCCGCCUCGCCGCGGUGUCCUCCAACGCCAUCGGCCAGCCGUCCGCUGAGAAAAGACACGAUAUUUGAUGAGAUUCUUUGUCCUGCGAUAAUUCCUAAUAGCUUUUGGGAAUGUUUGACCUGCAUUUAUUAAUACCGACUUAUGUUGACUGCCUUGUCUGCUGUACAAAUAAAGCUUAUUGUUAUUAUGUA